UGCGUGGCUGAGCAAAUUCACCCAGAAAUCCAAAUUUCUCUUCAUUUCCAUCACUAUCCAUCUCCAAAUUACAGAGAAUUCAUUCCUGAGUUGGAGAGGUGCCAGAAGUUUCUCAUCUUGCUGUCUGUGGGCUGCCUUUUUCUUUCCCCUCUUUGAGGCUCUCUGAUGCCUAGAGUGAGCUCAACUCCAAGGUUUCCAGCCACACACUCGUCUUGCACUCCCUCACAGUCACACCGAGCUCUGUGAUUCUGAGGAAUACCGUGUGCCAACCUCUGAUUCAGUCUCCUUUUACCUGCAGGUGCUCUGCAAACUUCAAAAUGCGUCUGGAAGAACUGAAAAGAUUACAGAAUCCUUUAGAACAAGUUAAUGAUGGAAAAUAUUUGCUUGAAAAUCACCAGCUGGCCAUGGAUGUGGAGAAUAACAUUGAAAAAUAUCCCCUCAGUCUACAGCCCUUGGAAUCAAAGGUGAAAAUCAUUCAGCGAGCAUGGCGAGAGUACUUGCAGCGGCAGGACCCCCUGGAGAAGCGGAGUCCGUCCCCUCCCUCCAUCUCUUCAGACAAGCUGAGCAGCUCCGUGAGCAUGAACACCUUCUCCGACAGCAGCACACCC